CCUUUACCAAGUCCAGAAAUUCAAUAUUUGCUUCAUACACUUCUAGCUAAAAGUAUUGGUCAUCCGAUCAGCCCUCUUUGGCAAGCAUUUUUUCCAGUUCCAACUAACAAAAAACCCAAAGCAAGUUGCAUUUUUUGCAAACUUGAUAAACCCAUAUCAGAUACUGCGGCCCAACAAAAAAUAGCAAUGAAUCUGACUAUUAUACAAGAUCAACAAUUGAGUAUUUUAUCAGAAGAAUUAAUUACACCUUCUAUAUCAACUUCAAAUAAUUUAAUUGUUUCUACUAAAGCAAACAAUAAUUAUUUUACACACUUACUAAUUGAUGCAUAUGAAUCUAAUAAGUUAUUAUUAGAGAGUAUAAUAGAAGGUGGCAUACCUCUUUUAUUUGUAGAUUUAAAAAAAUUUAAACAAUUUGUUUACUCAAUUAAUACAAAUUAUCAUGUCCUAGCGAGAAGACACCUUUCAAAUAAUAUUCUUAAUAACGUUUACAAAAAGACAAAUCUUCGUCAAGAUUAUAUUAUAAACUUUAUGGCUAUUGGUAAAAAUCGAAGAGUUGAACUUGUUAGAAUUAAAGAUACUUUUGGGAAAAGUCAAACCUCAAUCAUUAUUUUUAAAGAUUUAGAAGAUACUUUAAUAUGA